UAGAUUUAUAUUGUACUUUAGUUAGAUAUUGUACUGUUCCACACUGCCCUGGGACUGAGCAGCCACCUCAGACACCGCCACCAACAAUCAACAAAUGAGACUGGAUGGACAUGAACUAAUGCUCGGUCACGAGCUGACGCCGAUGAUGAUAUCAGAGAGGGACAAGAAAGAACAACUUUUCACUAUGGAAUUUACCAGAUGAGCUUUCAUUCGGAUAUAAGAAACAACAACCACUGUUUUUAGGAACAGACUGUGGACGUCAAAUCACCAUUAAUUGCCUGCAAACUACAUACGAAUGCAGCAAAGGGAUCGUGAGAUGCAGCUGCGAACAGCAUAACAUGACCAACUACAAUACUCCAUGAAGAGACGACCAUCCUUUCCAGGAGUAAAAGUCUGUUCAUUCCACGAGCGACGCUGCGGAUGGAUAUGUAAGUUUUCAUCAAAUGGAAAAACACAGUGGUAAGUGAGGUAAGUAGGCACGCAUCAGUACCGAUAUGGACUGUGUCCUAUACCGGUGCUGAACACAAAACUAUUGCUGGACCCAACAUGAACAAACCGCGUACUAACCUCAUCAUAACAUGUACCAUAUUAACCAUUACUUCCCGUACGACAAAAUGUUGUUUUUAGACAAAGGUGAAUGCUUGUCGGACCCUUGUCAGAAUGGAGCAACCUGCCUGGAUAGAACGGAUGAAUACAUCUGUGUAUGUGCGCCGGGAUGGGAAGGAACCAACUGCGACAUCAACACCGACGAGUGUGCGUCCGGACCAUGUGAGAACAGCGCCACCUGCCACGACUGGGUGAACUACUACACCUGUAACUGUACUUCUGGAUGGGAGGGAACCCACUGUGAAAUAAACACAGACGAGUGCGCGUCUUCGCCUUGUCUCAACAGCGCCGCCUGCCAGGACAAUGUGAACUACUACACCUGCGACUGCACACCGGGCUACAGAGGAGUGCACUGUGAAGAAGACAUAGACGAGUGUGUAUCAGACCCCUGCUGGAACAGCGCCACCUGUCAUGAUCACGUGAACUACUACACCUGUGAGUGCGCGGAUGGAUACAGCGGGACACAUUGUGAAACAGACAUCAACGAAUGCCAGUCCAGCCCAUGUAGAAACGGGUCGUCCACCUGUGUGGACCGGGUGAACGGUUACAUCUGCCUGUGCGACCCGGGGUGGGAGGGUGUCCACUGUGAAAUAGAUAUCAAUGAGUGUGUCUCACAGCCUUGUCUGAACCAGGGAAGGUGCUUCGACAUCGUGAACGGGUACGGCUGCUUCUGUCGGUACGGUUGGAUCGGCACCCACUGCGACAUCAGUAACUUCUGCGCGUCCAACCCGUGUCAACAUGACGGCACGUGCCGGGACGAACCUCCCGGCUACACGUGCGAGUGCAGGGAAGGAUGGAAAGGCAGAAACUGUGAAGAGUUCAUAGACCGCCCAUGUCCAACCAACCCUUGCGAGAACGACGGACAUUGCAUCAUGGUACCAGAAGGCUUCCGUUGUCUGUGUUACCGGGGGUGGACAGGGACAUACUGUGAGAAAGUAUUCCUUGGUGAAAACGUAGAGGUGGGUUGGCAACUGGGCGAGUCCAUCACCAGGGGGGAGUGGUCAGCAGGGAACGAAGCAAACCUGAUCCAAGACUGCAGACAAUCCGACCGCUUCCCCUUCCGUACAUACAACCAGUGUAACCGUCCAGGAGACGGUGGACAAGCCAUUAGCAACGAAGCACCACACAGUGGCAACUUCUCCUGGCACUUCAAGCGAGGGUACUCCAGCCUAGGAGGCGGUACACCAUUCUCAACAGGCUUGAACACGUGGGCAGGAAGAAAAGACGGACAAUAUUCAGCAGGCGCGGACUCCUUCUAUGCGUCUUUCUUCUUCAAGCUUGCAAACGAUCGUCUUGAUGAGUCUAAGAUAGCCGUAGUCGCAGGAAACCCUCACGGUGACGAGCGAGCUUCGAACUACCUCGAAAUAUUUGCGGAACCGGAGCAAAGAGCAGGCGCCCGCUUUAGAGGGUUACACGUUCGAGUUGCGGACAGUUAUCCAAACUAUACUUAUUGCUCGGUAACUAAGAAUUGUAUAGCAGGGCAUUUCUCUUACAUAGCCGAGAAUCUGACUAUCACAACUUGGCACAGAAUUGAAAUGACGCUACACGCCAAACCGGUAGACUAUUUCGACGAAUGGCAUUACGUGGUGGAUCAAAAGUACCACUUUUCUGGAGGCGCAUACUUUCAAACCGAAAGGUAUGACAAAGGAUGGCCCUACGAGUAUGUAAAUAGACUGAAAUUUCAGCCAAGGCACGACAACUAUAAAAAGAAAUAUUUAGGGUUUUUCUUCGAUGAUGUUUACUACAAGGCGUUCGAUGCGGAAGAGAAAUUUGACACGAUUGAAGAAUACGGAACGUCUUUUGAACCAAUCCCUUUGCCAUAGGUAGAUAAAUAAGAGGAAGAAUAAAUAGAUGCACAUAUCACUAUGUAGGGCCAAACUGAUGUGAUUAUAUGGAUGACAUCCACUGAGAACAAAAAAAAACACGAUGUGAGUGUAGGAAUAAAGUCUGGGAAAAAGUCGUCAUUUUGGAAUCCAACAUGGUCAGGAAGGUUGACCAAAUGACUGAACACACAGAACAUGGUA